UAUAUUUUACAUUUCUACUCAAUCUCACAUUGAGCCUUUAUAUAAAUUAUGUUGUCACAGUCCCUUACAUGGUAAUAUGUUAAUUUACUCCCUUUAUAGGAUGAAGAAUUCCAUUUGGAUCAAAUGCAACAUUAUCUAGACUCAGAUUUUGCUUAUUGGAAUCCCAAAUUGACAACUCCACCUAUGCUAUACUUUCUUAAUUACCCCUUUAUUGUGUUACUCUCCAAACUGGGUUUCAGCACACUCAUAGCCUGCAGAAUAAUCAACACGUAUAUAUUAUAUUUAAUUAUAGUUUUAUAUAUCCCUCUAUUACAUUUUUAGUUUUAUCGAAAUCCUUUUAAAAUACACAAAAGGCAUUAUUAUUUUCAAUUCUCCCAACAAUUUAUUUUUAUAACUUUCUGUUUUACACAGAUACCUUAUCAAUCACAUUGUUAUCCUUAUCUUUUCAAUUAUUGCAGUCAAAGUAUUAUUUCAUCUCUUCAAUUGUAAGUAUGAUCUAUUUAUUCUUAGUUUUCAUUAUGUUCCGUGAUGAGUAGAUAAACCANUAAAAUGAUUGAGAGUUAAAAAACUUUGCAUCAGAAACUAUCUAUAUUAGAAUAUCCAUAGAAUGAGUUUUUUGAGAUAUUAGAUUAAAAAGUGAGAGUGACAAAAAAAAGUUUCACUUGUUAGAUGGUAUCUGGAAUAUCUGAUGACAUACCUAAACACUUAUAGAAGUUCUAUAAGAAAAGACAUUUCUUAUUUAAAAAGUUUAAUGAGGGUAUACUUUUAGACGAAGAAUCUUGGUACUCUGUAAUACCUGAGGUUUGAGUUGACUAUCAUUUUAAGGUGAUGAGUUCCUACAUUGCGAAUAAACUAAAAAUAAGUUCUCCAGAAUCAGAUGUAGUAGACGGCUUCUGUGGGUCAGGAGGACUAGCCAUCCAAUUAGCCUAAUUAUUUAAGACAGUUAUUUGCAUAGACAUUGAUCCUAUGUAUAUUAAUUGCACUAUUCAUACAGAAAGAUAAACAAUAUCACGAAAAACUUACAAGUGUAUCAAUCUAUUGCCAGAGUAAUUUAAAUGAACUUUCUUGAGUAUUGUCAUAAUAACUAAGACUUUAUCCUUGUUAUGUGUCCACCCUGGUAUUAAUUGUUCUAUAUCUCUAGGGGAGGACUCAAUUACUUGCAUAAACCAUAUGAUUUAAACAACAUGAAGCCAUCUUUAUAAGAGUUACUAACCAAAGGUUUGCAAAUGACCGAUAAAAUUGUACUGUAGUUGCCAAAAAAUAUUGAUCUUUUACAAUUAGUUAAUAUAUUUAACAAUGUAACAGAUAAACUUAGACUAAAACUCAAGCCCUUAGAAAUUGAAAUGAUGUUCAUAAAUGAGUAAAUAAAUUAAUUAAUUAUUUACUAUGGGUUAUGAG